ACACAUUCUUCACAGAAUUUACAAAUUCAUACGGCCUAAAUAUCGUUUAUAUUCACAGAACAGGAUUUAUACACUUUAGGGAUGUAAUAGCGACAUCAUUUCAUCUACAGGACAACCCCCCAUCCCUCCCCGGAAUCAAACUCCCCGCAAAGGAAGCAGCUGAGCCUAAUUUAAGCAAGGCAGUGGGGCAAAUGACCUCGAGUUGCUGUCCCCUGGAGAACAGGGGGCAUGGAAGGUGCUAGAAGGGAGGAUGGAGGUAGUCCACGGACGGACAGAAGACAAACCUGAAGUUGGGGACAGGCCACAGUGGGACAGAGAGCACCAGGGAAUGACAAAGAGCUGAGCAGGAGGCAGCUGGGACCGCAGUCGGAGGACCGUCUCCCAAUGGUGUCCACCACCGGCCUCGGUUGGAUCGGGUGAGGUCACAGGCCCUUGUGAGGUGUGGGGACACGCGCAUGCGCCACCUCAGCGCUUUCCAGGGGGCGCCCUUGCGGCAGAUGCUCGCCGGCUCAGCGGCUUUGCCCGAGGCCUGGGAGGACCCAGCGGCUCCGUCUUGGCGCCUGACCCUUCAAGGCAGUUCCAUGGGCGGAGCUUCGGGCUGAUCAGGAAAUCCUUUUCUAUUAUUGUUCACUUAUAUUCAUUCAUCAAGGCCUUUGGGUCCUGAAGGACAGAAUUUACCUCCAAACAGGAAAAUGGAGAAAACACAUUUAUUUUGCAAGACAGAAGAAAGCAUCGAUGUAUCAGUUCAUGACUCUGAUUCUUUCACAACUAACUUAUCAUCAAGAAACAUUGAAAGCAAGAAAUACAGCAAAAUUUCUAAAACAUCAGGGAAGAGGAAUACAUCUGACACUAAAGGCUUCGUCCCAGAGUAUAAAAAAAUAUAUGAGACAUCAUUAUUCCUGUAUAGAGAAGAAAAAUCCACUGAGUUGUCAGGAUCAAAGAAAUUCAAGAAAAAGAAAAGUUUACAAGUACAGUUUCAUAGUAAAAGAACUGAGGUUGCCUCUCCCUCCCUGAAGCUGUCAAAAGAGAAGAUGACUGGGAAAGAAAGCACUUCACACAAGGUGCCCUGCCAGUUUGGUAGUAGUCACAAGACUUCGCUUCCUCUUCCUACAACUUCCUCAACUCCUCGGAGGAAGGAGCCAAUUUCUAACCUUUACAUGACAUUAUAUGAACAAAUGCCUGAAGGAUCCCUAAAAUUCCAAGAAUUAAGUGCACUUCCUAAAGCCUGCAUGAUUUUUAGUAAAGUUCGACAGGGUAAGAUUUACGUGAAUGACUUACCAGUGAUCCUUCACAACUUGAAGAUUUCUAUGAGUGACUCAGAAAUGCGACAGGUUCUGAAGACUGUCGACAUUGACGUUAAUGGAAUACUGGAUUUCACAGGUUUCCUUAAGGCCAGGAAUGAUGCUUCUCAAUUGGCCUCUCAGGAUCCAGAAUUUCAAAAUGUCUUGAAGACUUUUUCUAAGAUGAAAGAUGGUCGUGUGGCCGUUGAUGAAGUGGCUGCUUUUUUGGAUAACAUGGCUAUUCCAGUAAACCCUGAGACACUCAAGGACAUAAUAAAUCACUCUUACAUGGACAGUAACCACACGGUGGAUAUUGGGGACAUUAUAUUUACUCUGGAUGAACUGCAACAACAAUAUGAAGAUGUUUCAAUUAUGGAUGAAGCCACUUCAAGUAAACGAUUAUCAAAUAUACCAGGACAUCAUCUACAACCUAAGAAGAAAGGCAGUUCAUUUUCCAGAUUGUCCGAACCUCUCACAUCAAAAAAGCUGAAUGUACCUCCCUUUCAAUAUCACAGUAAAUCCUUGGAGAAACAUGAUGAGCCUGAAUUUAAACGAUCAAAAACUUCCUUACAGACAAAAAGAUUCUCAAGUGGGGUUGACAGCGAUCAUGUGGGAUUUCAGGAACCAUACUCAAAGAGUCAAGAUUCAAAGUCUAAGCUACCUAUCUUGAAGAGUACUUCAAGCCUCGAUAAGUUUCCGGAUAAAAGUGAUACUUCUAAGUUUCUGGAUAAAAGCGACACUUCUAAGUUUCCAGAUAAAAGCGAUACUUCUAAGUUUCUGGAUAAAAGCGACACUUCUAAGUUUCCAGAUAAAAGCGAUACUUCUAAGUUUCUGGAUAAAAGCGACACUUCUAAGUUUCCAGAUAAAAGCAAUACUUCUAAGUUUCUGGAUAAAAGCGAUACUUCUAAGUUUCCAGAUAAAAGUGAUACUUCUAAGUUUCUGGAUAAAAGCGAUACUUCUAAGUUUCCAGAUAAAGGCGAUACUUCUAAGUUUCCAGAUAAAGGCGAUACUUCUAAGUUUCCAGAUAAAGGCGAUACUUCUAAGUUUCCGGAUAAAAGCGAUACUUCUAAGUUUCCGGAUAAAAGCGAUACUUCUAAGUUUCCGGAUAAAAGCGAUACUUCUAAGUUUCCGGAUAAAGGCGAUACUUCUAAGUUUCCAGAUAAAGGCGAUACUUCUAAGUUUCCAGAUAAAGGCGAUACUUCUAACAUCCCAAAACUGCUAACUGUGAGAAAGCAGUCCAGCUCCCUAAAACCAGUUUCACCUAAGGAAAAAGCUGUAAUUAAUACCUUAGAAAGUGUCCAUGAUGUUAUCAAUAAGCUCCAAGGAGAUUACAUUUCCCCAGAGGAACUUCUGUCUGUUUUACCCAUGGUAGAGAUUACUUUAUCAGAUAAAGACUUCCAGAAGAUUAUGCCGGAGACUACUAAAAUUGAAAGUGGAAUGGUGAAUUUAGAUGACUUUAUUAUGGCAGUCUCCAAGGAGCACAAUAUACCCGAAUAUGAUGCAUUGAAUGAUGCCAUUGAAGGCGCUAAUAAAAUUCAGAAUGAAAAUGUUGCUGAUGAGGAUCUAGACAGUUGUCUUCAAAAUUUUGGAGUUUACCUUCCUAAGCCAGAACUAGAGAAGAUCAAAGAAUUAACAGGAGUUGAUGAAACAAAACAAGUGAAUUUAAAAGAAUUUAUUGGUAACAUGAUGAGCAACACGGAAUGCUUCUCUCAAAAUUUAUUGUUGCCGGAUGCUGUUGACAUCCUCCACAAUCUCAGCAAGGACAAGAUGGAUGUUUCUCACUUGUGGGACACAUUAUCUAGUUCAAAUAGUCAUUUAAAAAAAGAUGAAUUCUUAGAGGCAUUGAAAUCAGCCACAGUUGAUGGUGACAAAGUACAACUCGAAGAAUUUUCAAAAGCAGUAAAGGAUAUGCAGGACACCCGUAGGUUGAAAGAGUUGCAGGAGAUAGCCUCAGCUCUUAAUUCGCUUAAAGGCGAGACGAUAGCUCGGGAGAACUUGGAAGAUUUUCUAAAAAAUCUUGGGAUUACAUUAUUUAACGAAGAAGUGGAGGAAAUCCUUCAAUCAGACAUUGUUUCUGACAACAUGAUGAAUGUUAAAGACUUUAUGAAAGCUUUGAAAGACACCUUGAAAUUUUCUAACUAUACUGCAUCAAAAGAGGCCAUUAAUAAGCUGGACUCCAUGAAAGGAAGUUCCUGGUCUGAUAAAGACAAAUAUUUGGGGGGACUGGAAAAUGUCGAGGGUCUGAAAAAGGAAGUGUCGUCUCCACACCUGAAAUUACCAACAGCAGGUGAGAUCAAAGAAGCUGCUGACAUCUUGUCACAUGUUGAUAAUGGCAAGAUCUCUAUAUCUGACUUGCAGCGUGCCUUGAAAUGUUUGAAUGCUAAUUUGACUGAAGAAGACUUCAAUGAAGCUCUUGAACGUUGUGAUAUCAAUGAUAACAUGGAGGUGGACUUAAAAGAUUUCUUAAGGGAAACGAAGAGUAUGCCAAGCUUUAAAGAGUCCAUAGUCUCACAGGUACUCCUAACCACUCCCCAAGUUCUCCAGAAGGAUCUACUUGAUGUCUCUGACUUCAAGAAGUUAUUGAAGAAUGAUGACCUUCAUUCAGCUGAAGCCACACUGACUGAAGUGUUGAAAAAUGUUCCUGAGCAUGAAAAAGGCAAAGUUAGCGUUCAAGACUUUCUGACCACAUUUACAGAUACCUUGAGAACUCUAAAAUCUGAAGGAGAAAAAGAGAGACUUUACAACACCAAAAUUGACAGAAAUGAUCGUAAUGCCAUUUCUGACAUUAAGCAAAGUUUAGAUGCUAUAAGAAUCCACCUAACAGAUGGCGAAAUACAGAAGGUGUUGGAUAACACUACUCCUUCUAGUGAUGUGGUACAGUUUAAGGAUAUCGUCAGAGAACUGGCCAACAGUGAGAUAUUUAAUGAGUGCCGGAGAAUAGAGGACACAUGCAAUGUUGUCGAUAAAGUCACUGAUGGAAAAAUUGAAGUUAAAGACCUUUUAGCUGCCUUGGAGAGCUUCAAGAAAUCUUUACAGGAGAAAGACCAGCCUGGGAUGUUUCCAGUUUCUGAGAUGGAUGAAAGAGAAGUGGUCUUAAAAGAAACAAUUGGUUCUUUUGUUGACUCAUCUAGCCCAGCAACAUCAUUCAGCAGUUUAUUGAAAGAGAUUACAGCUUUUGAUAAUAUCAGAAAUAAUACGAUGCCUGCAAAUGAGCUGAUCUCCAAUCUCACGAGUGCUGGAAUUCCAAUAAGCUACAAUACAAUGCAGGAGAUCCUGAGACAGGCCUCGUUCAAUGAAAAUGAUGAAGUAAGUGUCAAACAGAUUUUGGAGAACUUAAGUACACAAAAACCAGAUUCUGUAUUGGAAGAUAUACAAACAGCCCUUAAUACUACCACGUUGAUGAGCUCCGACAAAAUUCAAGUUGCCAACUUAAAAGAUGCUUUUAGUGACCUAAAUAUUCCUUUAAGACCCAAGGAACAGCAGAUGUUAGAGGAAACGCUUAAUGCUGAUGAAAAUGGAGACAUUUCCCAAAGGACUGCUCUUUUAGCAUUGAAGAGCAAUAAGCGUCUACAGGAUUUUAGAGAGGCUAAUGAACUUGCAAAGGCUCUGAACAAAGUCGCCAGUGGAAAAAUUAGUAUCGAUGAUAUGAAACUUAUUUCCAAAGGCCUGGGACUUCAUGUUCCAGAUGAAGAAUUACAGAAGGUGGAAUCAGACAUUUCUGUUGAUAAGGAGGGGAAUGCGGAUUUAAAAGAUUGGCUGACAAAGUUGAAAGAAACACCAUAUUUCACUAAAAGUUCAAAAAUGCAAGGUCCCUUGAAAACUCUGGCCUCCAUUAGGAGAAAUGAGGUGAAUUCUAAUGAUCUACUCUCCAUUUUGAAAAAUUCGGGGGUUGUUUUACCCCAAGAUGUGAUUGAGGCAGCCCUGAAGAACGUGGCACCCAGGGAGAAUGGGACAUUGGAUUUGGUAGAGUUUCUGAACCAUUUGAUCAAGUCACAACUUACAUCUGCUCCUGAAAGAGAAAAGAUUGAUGCCAGUACUGUAGAUAAAGUUUUGAAAGACAUGAACCUAACACUCAAUGAAGAGGAGGAGCAAGUUCUGUUUGAACACUUGCGAGCUCCUGAUGAUGAAGAAGUGGAUAUGGAAACAUUUAUCGGGACCAUGAAGAUGCUCAAAGUAAAAGUUGAUGUUACUAAUCUGCACAACUUCCUGGAUGAUAUGGGUGUUGAGCUUUCUGGUGAAGAAUAUGAUGACCUAGUAAACCAUCUCCCUGUCCAUGCUGAUAAGAAGAUAAGUCAGCUUGAGCUGAUAGAUACUAUCAAGACUCUUAAAAGAGGAAAGGUUGACACCACAAAAUUAGACAAUGCCCUGGAGAAGAUGGGAGUGGAACUCACAAACAAAGAAUUGCAGCAUCUGCAAGAACAUCUGCCAGUUGACACUGAUGGAAAGAUACAUCUAAGUACACUUCUGGAUGAAAUUGAUCAUCUUAAAAAAGAAGAGGAGAAGACUGAUGUCAGUGACCUUGACACCAUUUUGGAGAAAAUGGGAAUGGAUUUCUCUGAUGAAACAUCUGGAGGAGUGGCACAGAAUUGGCAAGUUCAACUUAGCCAACCACUGGGUGCAGUUCCACGUGUUUCAGGGGAGACAAUGGACAUCAGGGACUUGGACAGCGUGCUCAGGAACAUGAGUAUUGAGCUCACCAAAGGAGAAGUUGAAGAGCUGAAAAGAAACCUCUCAGUUGAUGCUAAGGGGACAACUGAUCUGGACUCACUGGUGAAUGGACUACAAGUCAUCACAGGAGAGAAAAUUGAUGUCAGUGAUGUGGAAAAUGCCAUCAAAGAUGUGGAGAGUGAAAGGGCGUCUAGAGAGCAUCUGGAGCAGAAGUCAUUCCCAACUCAUGGGAUGCAAGUGGAUAUCAGUGAUCUUGACAGUCUACUUGGAAACAUGGCUUUCAAAUUGACACCUGAGGAAUCAACCUCAAAGUUACCAGAUUAUGGAAGUCGUGUUGGUGUUGACAUGAAAGAAAGUUCUCAAUAUGAGGAAAUGGAAAGUAAAAUUAAGGAACCCUCGGAAUUGGUGAAUAACCUGCCCAUUGAAGGAAGAAAAGUUGAUGUGGGCCGUUUGGACAGCAUUCUGGGACAGAUGCAGAUCAAACUCUCAGACGAAGAACUCAGGAAGCUGUCAGAUGGCCUUACAGGUAAAGAGGAGAUUGAUAUCAACAAAUUAAUGGAUACAAUAAAAGCUGAAAAAGGAGAAACGGUUGAUGUUGCUGAUAUUAAAAGUAUACUGCACUUAAGGUAUCUGCCUAGAGGAAGCAUGGAUAUAGCAAAUAUUUCUGUUGAUGAUAUUCGAGAAUUCUACCAAAAGAAAUUGACUGAUAUGGUGGGAGCCACUGAAGGAGAGGAUAUUGAUGUUCAUAAACUGGAGUCUGUUUUGCAAACUAUGGAUGUAAAACUUUCAGAAAAUCAAAUGAGUGACCUAAUGAAAAACCUGCAAGUUGAUGAUAAUGGAAAGACUUCAUUCAGUAGUUUGUUGGAUUCUGUCACAACAGUUGUAGCAAAAGAUUUAGGUAUUGAAGACAGGAAGAAAGUUCCAGAAGAUGUAAAGUCAGAACACAGGGAUAAAGUUAAACGAGAGAGCAUGAAAAGUCAACAAGCUGAUGAAUGGACUCCUGCUUCCAAAAAAUUGGAUAGUCUUUUACAAAGCAUGGGAAUCAACCUUGCAGAAGAGGAAAUUAAUGACCUGCUACAAAAUCUGCUAGUUGAAGGAGGAAACGUUAAGCUUGAUAAUGUGGACACUGUCCUGAAAAACCUGGGAGUGACGCUCACACCAAAGGAGCAAGAAAGAUUAAUGAAGCAACUGCCAUCUAGGGUCAAGAGUUCUAAUGAAAAAAUUCCACUCAAUCAACUGAUAGAUACAGUAACAAAAGUUACAGGAGGAGAAGUUAAUGUCAAAGACAUAAAAAGUACUCUGGAAAAAAUGGGAAUAGAGCUCACAGAUGAAGAAUGCUCACAAGUAGAGAGCAUGCUUCCAAUUAAUGCGAAUGGCAAGGUGUACCAGAAUAGGUUGCUGGAGGGUGUGUUAUCCUCUAAAAGUAAGUGGGUAUGAAAAGGCUCGUGACUGAAGUAUGUUUUGUGUUCUCCUGAUUUAGAAUCCUUCAGUACAUUGAUGAUAUUUUACAAACAUAGUUUCUGCACAUAUUUUACCAAAUAUUCUCUUGAACCAUUCUUUUCUUUCAAAAUCCUUUUAAAUUAAUAGUUUAGGAAAUUGUACAAAGUAAUGGGUUAUGCGCAGGCAUCUUUAUGCAUGUAUGUCAUUACACUUUGUUCUCAUCCUUUCUUCCCAUUGCCCCCUUGUACCCUGUCCUACCCAUUUGUUUCCUUCCUGUUCCCUGGUUUGUCCCCUUUCAGCUUCCUUAUCACAUAUACUUCGUGAUCAGCUCUUUUCCCACCUAGCU